GAUCAGUCUAACAGUAGUAGUGGUAGUAGUGGGAUCAGUCUAACAGUAGAGGAGUAGUGGUAGUAGUGGGAUCAGUCUAACAGUAGUAGUGGUAGUAGUGGGAUCAGUCUAACAGUAGCGUGGUCGUGGUAUCAGUCGUGGGGGGCAUGGAGCCCACGUGGUCGCGUCUGCACGUGCACGAGCUGCCCCCCGCCGUCUUUUUCGGCGUGGCGCGGAUCCUGGACUCGUGCGACUCCGUGAGCGGGGCGAGGCACUUCGCGGCACACGUUCUGGACGACCAAAUGAAGGUGCGCGAAAUCGAGAAUUCCAGGCGAGGACACAGCAUGGCAGAGGAGGUGCUCUGGCUGUGGGCCCAGAAGAACGCCACAGUUCACGACCUCCUGCAGGUGCUCAUCGCCAUCGAAAACCAUCGCUGCGUCGAGUACCUGCAACGCGAGCUGACCGGCUCCCCCAGUGCACAUCCACGGCACAGCCUCCCUGGUGCCUCUCUUCCUCCUCCUGACCACCACCACUCCGUACCGGCCUCGCCAGACUUCGCGCGAGAAGCCGUGCCGCCCACACCAGAUGGAGGUGUUGAGAUGGAUGAACCUGGAGUCCUGUUACUCCCCCCACAUCCACCCAGCCACAGUUUCUGUUCCCUAAAGUGCUACAAGCAGCAUCUGCUCCAGCCACGUGACCCCAUCAAGUGUGCAGACCAUACGUCGGCAACACCAUCGCCUCUGUCCGUUGCGCCCCAGGGGAAUCCAAAAGAGAAGGGGACAACAAUCAACAAUCUUUCCCAGCCUCCCUCCUCAAAAGUUUCCGCGUCUCUACAGGCAGAGCCGGAAUCCUGGCUACGGUUUUCGCACGACAUGGUCUGCUCUGGCACUCAGAACUUCAGCGAAGGCCGCAAGAUCGGCGAGGGCAGUCUGGGCACCGUGUACGGGGCCUUCAUCUGCCAAACCGACUACGCUGCCAAGCUGCUCCGACAGACGGGUAGAUUUAAAGAGGAGGGCGCUUGGAAAGUUGUUGAGUCGGAAGCCAGAAACCUUUCCCAGUUGAAACACCCAAAUAUAAUCGUGUUGGCCGGCUACAGCCAGAAGGAUGAGCAGUGCUGCCUAAUCUACGAGCUGGCGGCAAACGGAUCCCUGUCUGACCGGCUCCAGCGUGCGGGGGGCACGGCGCCGCUGGGGUGGCGCCGGCGCCUCGCCAUCGCCGUGGGCCUGGCCCGCGCCGUCCUCUUCCUGCACUCGUCGCAGGCGGCCCCCGUUGUCCACGGAAACGUCCGCAGCUCAAAGGUGCUGCUGACCGAGGGCUUUGAGCCCAAGCUGGGCGGCUUUGGGCUCGCGAGCCUGCGCCCGUCCCUGGGGCUCGCUCGCGAUCACAGCGUCACGGUGACGAUGCGCACGAGCCUGCUCGGCAGCCAGCUGGCGUACCUCCCUGACGAGUUCCUGAAGGAUGGGCAGCUCUCCACCAGCCUGGACGUUUACAGCUGCGGCAUUGUUCUGCUUGAGCUUCUGAGUGGGAUCAAGGCCUACGAUGCCAGCCGGAAGCCCCGAUUACUGAAGGACUUGGUCCUGGACAGCGAUCCCUCGCUGCCGCCAGAGCAGCUUGUAGACAAGACUGCGGGUGCCUGGCCGUCGUCCGUGUCGUCCGCCCUACUCGCGCUCGCCCUUCGGUGCAUCGGGACACGCAAGUCGCGGCCUCACAUCAGAGAGGUCUACGAAGAACUCGAAAUCCUUCACAAAGGACACUUCACAGAUGAUCUACACGUGUUUGCCGGUUCCACGUUCGGAGGAACCUUUGCAAAUGCUCCUCAGCAGCACAGACCGCAACGCCGUAGACCGGCAGAGAUGACGGACGUUCAUUCGGCCGAGCUGCCGCUCGCAGUACCCGCUGCAGGCCCUCGCAGCCUCAAAGCAGGCGGUGCAGCCGUAGCAAAAAGUGACGUUGCCAGCUGCAAACCUGUCGAUGCCAGGAGCCUUCGACACGAGGACGGUACAAAGAAAGCCUACGGCGGUGUAUCCAAAGCUGACGCCUUCGAAGUAUUUCCACACGAGGGCACCACUUCUUCGCUGCUUUUGCAAAGCCUCGAAGCGUCGUUCAAAGCUGACACCGACUCGUGGACAUUUGAUUUGAUCGAAGCAAAAUAUGGCCGAGCUCCCGCCGAGUCUCUGGAUCCUGUGAUGCAGCUGGAACUGGAGGCGGCGCGUGGCGAAGACAAGUCUGACGGAAGGCGCUCGGCGGAGCCGUUCGACCGUGCCGACGCCGAGGCGGUGAGCAGUCGCGUACCUCGGGCAGACCACGGCGCUGGCGCGGCAAGCGAGGCCCUGAGCGGGCUCUCCCUCUCUCGCGCAAGGGAAGAUGCCGCCGCCGCCGCCAGACGGGAUGCCCUCGCGGACGUUGAGCCAGAGGUAGUCGGGGCCGAUUCGUGCACGGCCCCCGAGGAGAGAUUCCCACGGGAACGUCCCCCGGGUGGUGGCGCCGACGAGGGCGGUCCCUGCGAGGAUUCUACAAAGCCGGCGGCUGCCGCUGGGGAAACGUCUCAGGAAGGUCCAAGUAAUUUCGAGGCAGGGAGUGUAAGCGAGCAGGCUGGAGCGUGUGGGUCAACGGGGGCCUACGAAUCGCAGCAUAUUUCUAGAGAAAUGCAUACGCAUCCUGCCAAGGUGAGGAUGAUGAACAAAAUCCAGCUGUACAUGGAGGGACGUAUCGACACAGCAGAGCUGGUCUCUCUGGAUGCAGAUCAAGAUCAAGCCGCAGCUGAAGAAAAUCACUCUUCAUAGUCUCAAGCAGGCUGUUGAUGAACGCAAAUAGCAAGCAGAUAUUGUACACAGCACGGCAGACUCAAACAGCCUAGAAUGUGGUGCAUCGCCACAGCAGGAGAACACAGCAUAGUUACCUUCAGUUCCCUCCGGGGCGUUUGCCUCGGAUGUGUAAAUGCUCCAACUGAAUUGGUCUCAUUGUUGUGUUAAGGAGACCCUGCAGUGUCACGUAAAAAUGUUGUUCGACCAUUCCAUCUUCUUCCUGGCAUUGUUCCCGCUCGUGUGGGCUUGGCCCUAUUCUCCACCCAUCCCUGUCCUGAGCCAACAUCUGAAGUAUCUCUCAUCACUUCCAGCCACCACCGCCCUCUGGGCCUGCCUCUCGGCCUCUGCCCAGGCACUUCCAUGUUCGUCACCUGAAUCCCCAAGUGGUUUCCUCUCUUCUUGUGACUUUUCCUAGCCACCUGAGUCAACGUUUUUUCAGGGUAGCAGAGCUAUUGUGUGGGCCACCAUGUGUGACAGUGAUUCACGGCUAAGGAGGAGGUGUGAACUCGGGUUUUUAUCCAAAGGGGCUUGUGGUGGUGCAGAGCCCACGCGUGCACCACACUAGCGCCGACCCUGCAGAACAAGGCAUGGCAGAUGUGAUCAGCUGCUGGACAUGGUGUGAAAAGAGCUUCAUAGCUCAUCGGAUUCCUCCAGGAUUUUUUAAGAUUCUGAUUUAUUCAUCGAUGGAAAAUUAAAAACAGGUCGCAGUGUGAUUGCUGCAGUCACUACUAGACAGAUCAUGGGUCACAUGAUCCAGCACUGCCCGCACCGCCGAUUCACAGACCCAUGGGUCACAUGAUCCAGCACUGCCCGCACCACCGAUUCACAGAUCAUGGGUCACAUGAUCCAGCACUGCCCGCACCGCCGAUUCACAGGCCCAUGGGUCACAUGAUCCAGCACUGCCCGCACCACCGAUUCACAGACCAUGGGUCACAUGAUCCAGCACUGCCCGCACCACCGAUUCACAUACCAUGGGUCACAUGAUCCAGCACUGCCCGCACCACCGAUUCACAGACCAUGCCAUACAAAAGAUAGCAGGGCUGCGCCCGUUACCUUUCACUCCUGAUGUGUGUGUGCUUUGGGGCUGAGACUGGAAAACUUGCACGCGCCCCAUCGCAGCGCUCGCUGGCGUUAACGCAAAGAGAAGAAACUUCCGACCCCAUGUGGAGCUGGGCUUAGCAUGGAUUACCACUGGCUGGGCCUACCACUGGCUGAUAGCGUUUUAUUUUACCAGGUGCAAGGCCCACUGAGCUACGUAGCCCUUUUUCAGAAGUGACCUGGCCACAAAUGAUAGCUCAAACGAGAAGUGCCUUAUCGUGUGCGAAUUUCUAGCAGCCAAAUACUCUAAACGCGUGAUGUUGAUUCGAAAUUUGGAGGGGAAAAACCGGAGGACCCGGAGAAAAAUCAACGCGACCACGGGGAGAGAGAGAAGCAUGCAAACUCCAAAUAUACAGGUGUUACGGUCGGGAUCGAAUCCACAACCUCCUGUAUACCAGGCAAAGUAUUUAACAUCUUGCCACCGUGACUCAUUCCAUUCAUUGUUCAUUGUUAUACAGGCAUGUCGAUUCAUCAUCAUCCAUGAUCAGUCCACUGCUGGAGGAAGGCCUUGCCAAGCCGGUGCCUGCGUUGCAGUGAUUCAUCCAGAACCUACGCACCUAUUAUUGCCAAUUCGUAUCAAAGUUUUUGUACAUAUAUUGGUAAAAUAUUAGUCAAACCUGUUAUGCUAAAAACACAAAUAAAAAAAUGUGAACGUUAUGAAUUGUUAAGUGAUAAGCUCUUAAUUGUAAUGCUUAAGUUUUUAUUUUACCAUUGCAGCGCGUCACUCGUCAGCGUGCGGACAUUGAGUACAUUUUAGUACGUGGCCGUGUUGGCUAUAUUAGCACAUAACGUUUUUUAAUAGAUCAAUGUGAAACAUGUUAUUGUUGGAUGAACCGGUUUGUGUAGAAACUAAUUUCUAACUUACGGAAAAUCAAAAAGCAUAAUCAAAUACAAACAUGGUCCAAAGUUUCUUCCGUAAAAAUUGACCGGUCAGUAUUGUCGCCAACGUCUUCGUUACAGGUUGUCCUCACUUUGUGGUGGAUGCAUUCCAAAAAAACGGUGGCGCACGAAGCGAAAUCGCGCAGCCACGGAGCGGCACGGUCACCCAACCCACAAUGCGCCGCACGCGGAGACGGAUGCCUUCCGAUUAGCGUGGACAGUCCACACACACACACACUGUCGUGUCCCACAUCUGACUGCACAGUCGCAUACGAGUGCAUUCGAACCACACAAAGCGAAUUUUGGGUAGAAAUAGAUUAGCCGCGUGUAUGCAACAUCACACACAAACCGAACCCGCGCGUAGCGAGGGGAAAGCCGUUCUUGGCUUCUACGCUUGGCGGUUUGGGCAUCGCCGGUGUUGCAGUCGGUGUGUGCCAGACGAGCGCUCGAGAGAUUUCGCACGAUGCAAUAUCCAUCAAGGCCGUAGCCAUGGAGUCAACAUUGGGGGGGAUCAAAUCUCCCAGGGGGCCUGGGGGUCUCCCCCCCCCCAGAAAAAAAUGGAAAUUUGAAAACGAAUUUCCUGCCUUAAAUAUAAAAAAUUUCAGUAACACGUGGGAUGGACUUUUUUAUAACAAUGGCU